AUCGCACAACACAAUCUUUCCCCAGACCUAGCCCUGUCCCGUAAACCUUUGACCAAGACCCGUGACAGUUUGUGCGAUCAUAAUCGUGCCCCGUCGCGGUCACCAGCCCGAACCAGAUCCAGCCAGAACCAGCUAAAUUGCCCUGCUAGCUAGCCAGUUGCCGCGACCCGGCACUGAACCGACCCAAAACCCGCCACAAUGGGCGAGCCUGCCAGCGAGCCUGAGCUGCUGCUUAGAGCGCUCCUAGAACGGUGGCCUCACCUGACCACUGUAAUUAAUUCCGGGACCUUUCCCCCUGAUACCAAUCCCGGCCCGCUUAUCCAGACCAUCACCGCCCAGGACGGCCCCAACAAAGCCACGUUCGUGGCCAUGCUCGACUGCCUCGAAAAGAACAUGAGCGAACUCAUCGCCCAGCGCGACCGGAGCCAGUCGGAACUGUCGAAACGCGUCCAAGACGUUGAAGAAUAUGACGCCGACCUCACACGCGCCACAAAGCGCAUCUCGGAUCUCGACGAGCUCGUUACCACCCAGCGGAACGAAGUGGAUGGGGUGAAACAAGCGCUCGAGCGGGCUCGCGCCGAGAUCGCGGGCCUGAAUUCAAAGAUCACCGACCUGAAUACCCAUCAGUCCAUGGAGAACACCCGCGUCGCCGAGUACAACAGGCGCAUUUCGAAGCUCCAAGACGAGAAAGCCGAACUUCAAACCCGCCUGCUCCAAGCAACGACGACGAAUGGAGCCUCAAUCCUGCUCGAGAAAACGUCAAAACCCCGUCGCACCACAACAAAUCCCGACAAGUUUACCGGAGGUCAGCAGGAUACAGCCAAGCGCCAGAGCGCUUAUGAGAGGUGGAAAACCCAAGUGGAACAAAUCCUGGUUGUCGACGCUGAGUGCUUCCCGAGGGCACUCGACACCCUGACGUUCAUCACAAGUUUGCUGAGCGGCAAGGCCUGGGAUGCCAUUCAGGACGGCGUCCAGAAAAUGAACGCCAACCCUAAGGACCCGGAACUGUGGACCUGGCACGACGCAACUGAGCUAUGGAGAGCCCUGGACAGGCGCUACAUCCUGCUCGACAGCACCCAGUCCGCGAAGAACACGCUGGACACGGAAAACCGCGCCCUCGUAGGCCGGGUGAAAAACCCAUAUCGACAAUCAAGGAAACGAUGAGUGUGUGAUCCUGCAAAUACAAAGUGAGAAGGCCUCUUGGCCUUCGAAGGAGAGGGAUAUCAGACCGCGAGUUCCAGCUCCAGCCUCCUAGCCAGACUGUACAUCGGCAUUUUCCCCGAGUCCAUCAGCCAGUCCAGGAUCCUCUCCGUCAGCCGUGCAGCUUUGGGACUGAUUCCCUGUAGGACAGAAUAAAAGUCCCUUCGCGUUCUGACCUCGGCUCUCUCCCAUCUUCGAGUCAACGGUGGG